UAAAGGCGAUAUUCGCUGGUGUGCAGCCUCCCACUCUGCUACUCACUGAUCAAUACUGCAGGAAGGUGUCUCGAUAGUGCCAUAUAUUUAGAUUACCAGGGAAAACAAAAUCAAGCAAGUUUCCAGAAAAUUUUAGUAACAAGAAAAAAAUUCAUACUAUUCAACUCUUCAAGUCGCUAAAAUUUUUGCAGCAGAAUUUCUCAUUGAAGGACCACCCAGUUGUACUCUGACAUCUACUUUGAAUGUGUAUUUUUCCAUGUGUUUAUCCUGUCUCCAUUAAUUUGUAAACUCCCAGAGGGCAAGGCCUGAACACUGGCUGGUGUUGACAUGAAGUGGAUGGUCAGGCUGCAAGACUCCCUCAGAAAGGAAACUACAGUUACUUUCCAAACCGAGAUCCCAAACCCGAACAAAGCCUCAGAACACAUACACCACGACCAUAUUACAAGUUUGUGCUACUAGCGGAGAGAAGAGGAAUCUAAUUUGGGAGGCCUCCUUCUAUGUGACUAACAGGAAAUGCCACCUGGCCCAACUCUCCCAGCUCGCUGGAAAGGGGGGCGGUUCAUUUCGGUGCAGGUGGCAAAGGGAAGCCCCUGCGAACGCACGGUUCUCAUCGGGGUGCUGGGGUAAGAAGUGGGGAGCGUUCAGCGACCACCUGCCUCGCUCUCCCAGUCGGGACACAGGGCGGAAUAUCCGUCCAUCACCCCGGCGCAGAGCCCAAGGUAGCAGGCGACGUAGGCGGUGCACCAGAUAAUAUCAAAGCCCCAGGCAGGGGCCAGGCGGGGGGGCCCACGCCGGCGAGGGGACGAAGCGCCUCCCCCUCGCAUUUCCUCUCACGCCCACUUCCAACCUCGGAGGCUUUUGCUUUCUGCUUUUGUUGUUUUUAAAAUGAAAAGUUAAACCCAGGAAGCUUUGGAUCAGACUUUUGCGUUGCAGUUCGGCACAUGGAGUAGUAAUUGAUGUCCGCUGAGUUUAUGGAGCUACUUUUCUGUGACCUGCUCUUCCUACAGUUUCUAAGAAGAAAAAGGAGCCUCUAAUCUAAGAAGAUGCCUCGAACAAAACAGAUUCAUCCCAGAAAUCUACGAGAUAAAAUUGAAGAAGCACAAAAAGAACUUAAUGGGGCAGAAGUUUCAAAAAAAGAAAUCUUAGAGGCUGGUAUUAAAGGAACUUCAGAAUCCCUUAAAGGUGUAAAACGAAAAAAGAUUGUAGCUGAGAAUCACCUGAAGAAAAUACCCAAAUCCCCACUGAGAAAUCCUCUUCAGGCAAAACACAAGCAAAACACGGAAGAGUCCUCCUUUGCUGUUCUCCAGAGUGCUUCCGAGUCUCACAAGAAACCGAAUCAUAUUCCCGUAAAAAAUGGGAAGCAGUUUCCCAAACAAAAUGGGGAAACGCCUGGGAUAAUUACCGAGGCCUCAAAAUGCGAAGAGUCCACCUCCCCAAAGAAGCCCUCGUCUCUGCAGCACCCAACCGAACUGCGUCGGUGGAGGUCGGAAGGCUCUGACUCCACCAGGUUCGGCGUCCUCGAUGGAAAAUGUGACCCUCGUCCUUUGUCAAGUAAAACGAGGCCUGACACGAGUGAAUGUAUCUCUCCUCGCUGUAGUUCCGCUUCCCCCUCGUAUACAAAUACCGCGUUCGAUGUCUUACUGAAAGCAAUGGAGCCAGAACUGAGCACCUUGUCCCAAAAGGGCUCACCUUGUGCAAUUAAGACAGAAAAACUGAGACCAAAUAGAACUGUACGAUCCCCUUCUAAAUUAAAAAACAGCUCAAUGGAUGCCCCAGAUCAGACCUCCCAGGAGCCAGUUGCCGAAGCACAGCCCUCUCUCGGUACCUCAUUCACACUGCAGGUGUCCGCUGCUCCGCAGGGUGAGCGGGCGGCCGCUCAGUCGGCCUCUCGUUCGUACGAUCAGCACGGACACUUCAUUUCCAAACCCAACCAGCAUGAUCAGCAGCUUCCAGGGCGUGCAGGUUCCGCCGGAUCACUGGCACAUCUGCAAAGUCAAGAGAACGCCCAACUUGAACAGGUUUAUAACACAGCGGUGGUGUCGUCCGUAGGUCUGACUUCGCCUUCCAGUAGAACUCAGGUUACUCCUCCAAACCAGCAAGUGGAUUCUGCUUCACCUCUGUCAGUAAGUCCCGUCAGCUCUACGCAGUUGCCCCCCACACCAAUUUACAACUCAGCUCACGUCGCCUCUGUUGUCAGUCAAAGUGCAGAACAAAUGUGCAACCUCCUUCUGAAAGAUCAGAAGCCAAAAAAACAAGGAAAAUACAUCUGUGAGUAUUGCAACAGAGCUUGCGCGAAGCCCAGCGUGCUUUUAAAGCACAUCCGCUCCCACACCGGAGAGCGCCCGUAUCCCUGCGUGACAUGUGGGUUUUCAUUCAAGACGAAAAGUAACCUGUACAAGCACAAGAAGUCCCACGCACACACUAUCAAACUGGGUCUCGUCUUGCAACCAGAUACAGGCGGCUUGUUCCUGUCCCACGAGUCCCCCAAAGCACUUAGCAUCCACUCAGAUGCAGAAGACAGUGGGGAGAGUGAGGAGGAGGGCGCCACCAGUGACAGGCAGAACGGCCCAGGGGCCAUGGAACUGCAGCCUAUGCAAUUAACGAAGGGGAUAUCCAAUGCUGAAGUUUUUUCCCAAUCAAGUUCUCUGCCAAGCAAUCCAGAUCACGUGGUGGGUGACCUCUCACUCCAGGACAGACCUUCAGAAUCGCAAGCUGUGACAGAGUUACCGAAAGUCGUGGUCCACACUGUCGGUGUGUCCCCCUUAAGAACCGACAGUCCAAACAUUGCUGAUGCCAAGCCUGAACUUCCUAGUUUACAGAAGCAGAAGGACCUUCAGGUGGCAAAUGUCCUGCCCCGGUCAGCCUGCACGACUGCCUUAGAGACCGAGGAGAAGUCCCAGCAGAGUCAGCCAGAAGGAAAGCAGGACUGUCACACGGGGACGACACAUGCCCAGCUGCAGAGACAGCAGGCCACGGAUCACUCCCAAGAACAGCAAGGCAAGCUGCUCCUGAGCCCUCGCAGUUUGGGGAGUACAGACUCCGGUUACUUUUCACGUUCUGAAAGUGCCGAUCAAACAGUGAGCCCGCCAACGCCCUUUGCCAGAACUCUACCGACCAUGGAACAAGAUUCCACUAAAAGUAACGGCCCCUCCGCCCCCCGCAUCAGUCCACCAGCACCCUCAGCAUUCACAGCGGGGGAAAAGGCCCUGCUCCUGCCGGGUCAGAUGCGUCCACCCUUGGCCACAAAAACACUCGAAGAACGGAUAUCGAAACUGAUCUCGGACAACGAGGCCUUGGUGGAUGACAAGCAACUGGAUAGCGUAAAGCCACGGAGGACCUCUCUGUCCAGACGAGGAAGUAUCGAUUCCCCCAAGUCAUACAUAUUUAAAGACUCCUUCCAGUUUGAUUUAAAACCAGUGGGACGAAGGACAAGUUCAAGCUCGGAUAUACCAAAGUCCCCUUUCACCCCUACUGAGAAGUCAAAGCAAGUGUUUCUCCUGUCUGUCCCUUCCCUCGACUGUUUACCCAUCACCAGAAGUAAUUCCAUGCCCACCACGGGUUAUUCCGCAGUACCUGCAAACAUCAUCCCUCCCCCUCACCCCCUGAGAGGAAGCCAGUCAUUUGACGACAAAAUUGGUGCUCUCUACGAUGACGUCUUUGUGUCGGGACCUAACACUUCUGUGCCCCAGAGCGGGCAUCCCCGGCCCCUGGUCCGACAAGCAGCCAUAGAAGACUCCCCAACCAGCGAGAAUCAUGUUCCGGGUCCCGGACUGCCUGUGGAUGAGAGCUACCAAGGAGGCCAUGCCCCUGGCGAGACCCCCUCCACCAGGAGCAAGGCCCUGACACAGGGCUCACACCUCGAGAAGAAGAAGUCUCAUCAAGGCCGAGGGACAAUGUUUGAGUGUGAAACUUGCAGGAACCGCUAUAGGAAACUGGAGAAUUUCGAAAACCAUAAGAAGUUUUACUGUUCUGAGUUACACGGCCCAAAAACCAAGGUCGCCGUGCGAGAACCGGAGCACAGCCCCGGGCCAGGCCACGCUCAGCCUCAGGUCCUGCACUACAGAGUCGCCGGGGCCACAGGGGUCUGGGAACAGACGCCCCAGAUCAGAAAGCGGAGGAAAAUGAAAAGCGUCGGAGACGAAGAUGAGCUGCAGCCCAAUGAAAGCGGGACUUCUCCGAGAAGCUCCGAGGGUCUGCCGUUUCAGAGUCCUCUGGGCUCUCCUCCCAGUCUGUCUAAACAUCACGUGACCAUGAUCAGCGACCAGCAGCUCAGAAAUAGACAAUUGCAAAACUCCCAAAUUCAGCUGGUCGCCAGGGGCCCCCACCAGACCACAGAUCCAAAGCUGUCCACCAUCCUGGAGCAGCAGAUCAGUUCAGCGGCCCAGGACAAGGCAGAGGUCAAGAGACAUGGGGCUGGGAUCUCCGUCAUCCAGCACACGAACUCUCUGAGCAGACCCAACUCAUUUGACAAGCCAGAGCCUUUCGAAAGAGGUUCCCCUGUCUCCUUCCAGGAGCUGAGUAGAACAGGGAAGCCUGGGUCUCUGAAAAUAAUAGGACCGUCCCAGGAAGAAGGUCACCCCCCUCGGGACGCGUCCCAUCCUCACCAUCCUGCACUGUCAGACUCUCUCAGAGGAGAACUUCAGGAAAGCUCAAGAAAGAUCUCGAGUGAACGGCACACGCUAGGACAACCCUCAAGACUUGUCCGGCAGCACAAUAUCCAAGUCCCAGAAAUUCUGGUGACAGAAGAGCCAGAUCGGGAUGUGGACGCCCAGGGCCACGAUCAAGAAAAAUCAGAGAGGUUCAGCUGGCCUCAGCGCAGCGAAACCUUGUCGAAGUUGCCAACGGAGAAACUGCCACCCAAAAAGAAGAGGCUCCGCCUGGCCGAGAUCGAACACUCCUCAACGGAAUCGAGCUUCGAUUCCACUCUCUCCAGGAGCCUAAGUAGGGAGAGCAGUUUGUCACACACGUCAAGUUUCUCAGCCUCGUUAGACAUAGAAGACAUUUCUAAAACAGAGGCUUCCCCCAAAAUCGAUUUUCUGAGUAAAGCUGAGUUUCUGGUGGUUCCAGCUGGCUCGGGUACCCUGAGCAUCCCUGGGAGUCACCGGGAAAUGAGGCGUGCCGCGUCGGAACAGAGUAACUGCAUGCAAACGAUGGAGGUCUCCAACUUCAGGAGUAAAUCUUUUGACUGUGGAAGCCUAACUCCACCCCAGACAGCACCACUUGGGGAAUUGCAGCCUCCGUCCUCCCCCUCUGGCAUGGGGGUCCCCGGGCACGUGCCUCUCUUGGAAAGAAGGCGAGGCCCCCUGAUACGGCAGAUAUCUUUAAGCAUAGCUCCAGAGAGUCACCUGUCUCCUCUAAACCCAUCUUUCCAGAAUCUUGCUCUCCCCAGUGUGAACGCAGCACCAUUUCAGGGCCCUCUGCUCACAGAGCCAUCGUUAGCUGAGUUCCCUGCAAAUACCUUGCAAUCCCAGACUCACGUUAAGGAUCCACGGACCGAAAUGUCACAGUCUAGCUCUCCCAGUGUCUUCCCCGUCCCUCAGCUUUUUGGUGUCAGUUCGUUAAAUCAAUCCCCUGUCCCCCUUAGCCAGCAGAACACACAGCCAACUGUGCAGGUGUCCUCACAGGGCGCCAGACCAGACCCGAGUUCUGCUUCGUGUGUGUCUUCUCCAAGUCAGGAUUGCUUCGCGCCCAAGUAUCAGCUGCAGUGUCAGGUUCUCACUGCAAGCCAGGCUUGCUCUUCUGAUCCUGGGCAUUCCUUGCCAAAUCAAGUGCUUUCGGACCCGGCCGGAGCGGAUCACUACAGGACUUCAGGAGCGUUAGCAACUCAGUUAGUCGAUCCCAUGCCUGAUUCACGCCCCGCGCCUCUGCUGGAUCUCAGGCCGCUGGACCAGGUGCAGAAGGGGCCGUCUUCAUUCGUGCUGCCCGUCCAUCUGCAGAGCAACGUCCCUGCUUACUGUUUUGCCACAGUCCCACCUCUGCCACAGAUCCUAGUGACCCAGGAUCUAUCCAGCCAGCCAAUUUGCCAGGCGAGCCAUAGCAUAGUGCCAAUCAGUGAGGAACAGAAUUCCCUGCCAAAGUCCCAACAAGGUCACCAGGAUGCUUUGCCUAACCCUGCGAAAGAACCUGGGUGUGAAAACGUGUUUUCAGAGAUGGGCCGAGUUCCUCCUGUAUCAGAAUCCUUGCCCAUAACUCACAAAAUGUCUGUUGGUAGACUGUCCCCCCAACCAGAAUCUUCAGCUUCUAGCAAAAGGAUGCUCUCCCCAGCAAACAGUUUAGAUAUUGCCAUGGAAAAACACCAGAAGAGGGCUAAAGAUGAAAACGGGGCGGCCUGCGCCACAGACUCCAGACGGUCGGAGGCGCUGAGCUCGAGGGCUAACGACGUUCAUAAACAGAAGAAACCUGUCUUGGUGAGGCAGGUUUGCACCACAGAGCCCCUUGAAGGUGUAUUACUGGAACAGGAUGUUUUUUCUCAGCCUGAAAUUGAGAGUGAGGAUGUUCAUUCGACAGGCAUUCUUCCACCUGACUGUUCAUCACCAGGACACACUAAAUUUGCAGUUAUAGACCCUAUAAAUGAGCUGCAGGAGUUUGAAACCAUCAAGUCAUCUACAUCAUUAACUCUCCCAGUUCAGAAGUCACCUGUCCCUUCAGAAAACACUCACAUUUCUCCUUUGAAGCGUACAGACGAUAACCAAGAAAGAAAGUCUCCAGAGGUUAAAAAUCAAGGUGACCUAGUGAGCAUCCAAGAGCAGAGUCAACCACCAACCUCCAGUCUUCCAUUGCUUAACCCUGGAGACACCCAGCAGCCGUCUUUCCCCAGCCUGAAGACCACAACCAGCUUUACGUGGUGUUACCUGUUACGACAGAAGUCAUUGCAUUUGCCUCAGAAUGACCAGAAAACGUCAGCCUAUGCCGAUUGGGCAGUAAGCUCCAGUAAUCCAAAUCCACUUGGUUUGCCUACCAAGGUGGCUCUUUCUCUCCUUAAUUCAAAACAAAAGACAGGAAAAUCACUGUAUUGUCAAGCAAUAACUACCCAUUCCAAAUCAGAUUUACUGGUCUAUUCAAGCAAGUGGAAAAGCAACCUAAGCAAGAGAGCAUUAGGUAAUCAAAAGUCCACAGUAGUUGAAUUCAGCAAUAAAGAUGCCUCUGAAAUUAACAGUGAGCAAGAUAAAGAAAAUUCCUUAAUCAAAAGUGAACCAAGAAGAAUUAAAAUAUUUGAUGGAGGAUAUAAAUCAAAUGAAGAGUAUGUGUAUGUCCGAGGCAGGGGAAGAGGAAAGUACAUUUGUGAAGAAUGUGGAAUACGUUGUAAGAAACCUAGUAUGUUAAAGAAACACAUACGAACCCAUACAGAUGUCCGCCCCUACCACUGCACUUACUGUAACUUCUCCUUUAAGACGAAAGGAAAUCUGACAAAACACAUGAAGUCCAAGGCACAUAGCAAGAAAUGUGUGGAUUUAGGCGUCUCAGUAGGUUUAAUAGAUGACCAAGAUACAGAAGAAUCAGAUGACAAACAGAGAUUCAGUUAUGAGCGGUCUGGAUUCGAUCUCGAAGAAUCUGAUGGCCCAGAUGAGGAUGACAAUGACAACGAGGAGGAUGAUGAAGACAGCCAGGCCGAGUCAGUGCUGUCAGCCGCGCCCUCGGUCACGGCCAGCCCACAGCACCUCCCGUCGCGAGGUGGCCCGCAGGAGCCCGUGAGUGCCGAUGAGGACGUCCGGGCUGCUGACUGCUUCUCUGGGGCUCACACGGACCCGAUGGAUGUUCUGCCCAGAGCGCUGCUCACCAAGAUGACCGUCCUGAGCGCAGUGCAGUGUGACCACAAGAACAUGGCAGACUCUCCAGUGAGGCCUGCCAGAGAUGGAGACGAGGUAGUCCCUCCCAGCGACUCCUCCAGGUCACCUGAUGCCGCUCCGAGGUCCUUGUGUCACCAGAUGUCUGUGGACUUCCCUGAAUCAGAAGAAAUUCUGAGGAGUUCUGUAGCAGGAAAGGCUAUCACUGUAACACAGAACGCGUCGUGCCCAAGGCUGCCCCCGGUCGCAGCCGAUCACAGCCCGCAGACAGCAACCAGAAUCCCUCCUGCGGCCUCCCCUCGUCCUGACCCCCAGGAACAGAAGCAGCAGAUCCCGCGCCAGCCGCCCCCAGGCCUGCCUCCAGCCCAGACCCACCUGUUCAGUCACCUCCCCCUGCACUCGCAACAGCAGAACAGGACACCCUACAACAUGGUUCCGGUCGGGGGCAUCCAGGUGGUGCCCGCCGGCCUCACCUACUCCACCUUCGUCCCCAUUCAGGCCGAGCCCAUGCAGCUUACGAUUCCCGCCGUCAGUGUCCUUCACAGAACCCCGGGCGCUCCGGGGGACGCGGUCACGGAAGCUGCGGGCACCGCCAGUCCCGCCCGAGUAGCAGAGCUGAGCGGGGUGGUGCCGUGCAUCCCCAUCGGCCAAAUCCGCGUGCCCGGCCUCCAGAACCUGGGCCCGCCGGCGGUGCCGGCGCUGCAGUCGCUGAGCGUGGACGCUGUCAACAUCGUGGGGCUGGCCAAUGCCGCAGUCGCGCCGCGCGUGCACGCCCCCGGCCUGGCCCUGGGCGCGGUGGGGCUGCAGGUUUUGGCGGCCAGCCCUCCUGCACAGAGCAGCCCCGGGCCGCAGGGCCCCAUCCCGGGGCUGCAGAUCCUGAACAUAGCGCUGCCGACUUUAAUCCCCUCGGUGGGCGCGGUGACCGUGGAUGCACAGGGGCCCCCGGAAACCCCGGCUUCUCAGAGCGCCGCGUGCGAGCUGCAGCCCAAGCAGACGUCCGCAGCCAGCGCCACCCAGGUCAGCAGGACCGAGUCUCCUCAGGGGUCACCUGCAGUCCCGCGGGAAAAUGCAAACAAAGCUCCCCACCUACCUGCACCUGCAGGUGACCGCGCACAGCUCGAAGGCGCCAGGGCAGUGGACGCCCAGAGGGCUGCCUCCGCAAAUCACGUGCCUCUCAAGGCCGAACUCGCUUCCCUGCAGGGCCCUCCGGCGUCCACGUCGGAACCGCAGCUGACGGUGCGUGCACCGGGCCGACAGACUCUCCCUCCAGCCCGGCCUGCGCCCAGGCCCGCCGCCCUGGCCCUGGCCCUGGCCCGGAGGCAGCCCGCUGUGCAGUUCAGCGACGUGAGCAGCGACGACGACGAGGACAGGCUGGUGAUAGCAACCUAGUGGAUUCUUUUUUAUUUUAUUUUUAUUUUUUAUUUUUAUUUUUUUAAAAAAUAACACUUACAGGUUUCUUUGAAAACCCUCCUUUCCUUAAAGCACAUCUUUCUGACAUAAACUCAUGACUAAUCUUUGUGCAAUCAUGAACUUUUGACCAAUAAUUGUUGUUGCGUGUCAGCUCCAGCCAUUUUUGUACAUGUUGUAUAGACAAUUGUGCCUUUUAGGAGUUUUAUGUUUAGAAACUGUACAGAUUGUUGAAUAUCUAUAUACAUAAAAAAUAUAUUAUAUAUGUCUAUGAAAACCAGGUAGUUAUUUGUGUUUAGUAAGAAAAACCUGUCAAAUCAGAUGAUUAAAUUAUAUGUUGCACUGUUAAAUAUGAAUUUUUAUGGCUGUGGGGCAGAGUUUCUGUGCAUAAACUAGUAUGUAAACUCCAUAUUUAUUGUAUUCAUAUUAGUCUUUGAAAAUGGGUCUGUCCCUCUUCUUGUGUAAGAAGGUAACUUUACACUUCAGACAGAUUUUCUGUGUUAUGAAAUGUUUCAGUAAAAUAUUGUUUACUGACUUUA